AUGACAGCCAUGAUGCAAUGGCAGGUUAAUAGGCAGUUCAGGAAGGACCAUGAGGCUUCUAUGGCAAGAAUCCCAAAUCCAGAUGCUAUAGUCCAGCAGCUAGACCUUCCUUAUGGCCCUCCACCAGGAUUAGCGUGGCUAUACCAUGAGAACCCUCUCAUUGCACAGAUAGCUGGAAUACCAGGGCAUGGAGAGAUUUAG